ACACAAAAAGAGGAAAGGGAGGAGGAAAAGAUGGAAUUGUCGAAAGAGCUCUCCGGAUUUGAUGAAAAUAAUGAGCUGCGAGUCCUCUGUUUUGGUUCAGUUCAUUGCGGAAAGUCGAGUUUGAUUGAUUCUAUUUUGUCUACAUUAAGUGGCAAAAUAUCUUCAAAAGCAACAGCGGGAUAUGUAGCCAAAAAUUCAUCUUUAAUGUCUACAACACAAAAGUUUCAGCUGUAUGAAAUCAAACAUAGGAGCGAAACCGGUGAUUUAAAGUCAAGUCAUGUUUAUUUUGGAGAUAUGCCAGGGAUUCAAGAAGAUAAUGGACUUGAUCUGGAUCAAGUAAAACAUAUCGUGAAUGGUCAUGUUCCGAACAAAUACAAAAUUCAAGAUGGAAUAAAUGCCGAUUCUACGGAUUUUGUGAAGUGUCCACAACUUAAAGACCGGAUACAUUGCGUGUGUUUUGUCAUCGACAUAUCUGCUCUGUAUAACCUAUCAGACUCGUCUUUAAAGAUGUUCUGCGAAUUCCAAAAUUGGCUUUUUGAAAGUGACAUUCCGUACAUUGUGGUAGCGACAAAAUGCGACGUAGCGAGUUUACCCGUGCGGAAGGAUGUUUUGCAGGUGUAUGAAAACCAGAAGAUUAAAGCAUUAAAAGACAAGCUCAUUGAAAUGUUGGGUAUCAGAGAAACCAAAAUAUACCCAGUGCGAAAUUACGUUAAUGAAAAGUACCCGAUCCCUGAAUUCGAUGCCCUCCUGUUAGGUGAG